UGGCGGCGCGAGCCCUAGCUAGCUAGCUGCCCCCAUUCCCGAAUCCCUACGCCCGCCGCCGUAUAUAUAGCAAGUACUACUCACCGGCGCCCGCCUCCAUCUCUACAGCUAGGUUCGCCGGCGGGGAGCUAGCUAGGGACCUCCGGUUCGUGGUCCUGCACACUCCUGCUGCUUCCUGCCAUCUCGCCGCGCGCGUCGAUCGAUCCCCUCAAGCUAGCGAAGCAUGGCCUCAGCCUCCAGCUCCGGUGGCCGCGGAUCCGGCGCCCGAGGCAGCAGCUCCCGAGCGCGCGCCGCCGAAGCGGCUCCUCCGGCUGAUCGUCACGCCCUCCUCGCCCCACGGCUCAACCCCACGUUCGUGGCUAUGUCGGCCGCGGAUCUCGUCGACCACCUGAAGCGCUCCCGCCGCGCGGACGACUUCGCCGACGCGGCGCUCGUGUUCGCCGCGCGCGAGCGCAGGCUCGCCGACGCCGAGGACUUCGCCCGUGCGGCCGACGAGCACAUGGACGAGCUGCUGGAUAAGAUCCAGGCGAGCGAGUCCAAGCUCCGCCGGGCCGCUGAGACGGAGGCGGAGCUGCGGGCCAAGAUCCGCAGGCUGCAGCUUGGCGCCGCCGCCCUGAUCUCGUCCGGUACCGGUACCAGCGGGGGCGGCAUCGCGCAACAGGCUGCAGGUCAUGGCCGCGACCGCGAGCCUGUGCCUCAAGACUUCAUCACGGUCAGUGAUGACGACGCCACCGGCGUCCAGACCACGGUCGCCCAGGGAGAGGUCGGCGGCGACGUGCCUAUGAAGAUGAGGCAUGGGGCGCACCUCGCUGCUGCUCCGGUGCCUAGUGCCGGCGCCCUGAUGAUCUCGUCCGGUAUCAGCGGGAGCGGCCUCGCGCAGCAGGCUGCAGGUUGCACUCGCGAGGCUAUGCCUCGAGACUUCAUCACGGCCGGUUAUGACGCCACCGGCGUCCAGACCACGGUCGCCCAGGGAGGCGUCGGCGGCGACGUGCCUAUGAAGAUGAGGCAUGGGGCGCUGAAUCGCCCCGCGCAGCACCUCGCUGGUGCUCGUGCUCCGCUGCCUAGUGCCGGCGCCCGGAUGAUCUCGUCCGGUAUCAGCCGCCGGCGCGGCCUCACGAAGCAGCAGGCUACAGGUUGCAGUCGCGAGCCUGUGCCUCGAGACUUCAUCACGGCCGGUGAUGACGCCACCGGCGUCCAGACCACGGUCGCCCAGGGAGGCGUCGGCGGCGUCGUGCCUAUGAAGAUGAGGCAUGGGGCGCUGAAUCGCCCCGCACCACACCUCGAGCUCGCUGCUGCUCCGCUGCCUAGAACCGCCGCCCUGAUGAUCUCGUCCGAUAUAAGCGGGCGCGGCCUCACGCCGCAGGCUGCAGGUUGCAGUCGCGAGGCUGUGCCUCGAGACUUCAUCACGGCCAGUGAUGACGCCACGGUCGCCACCGGCGUCCAGAUCCAGACCACCGUCGCCCAGGGAGAGGUCGGCGACGUGGCUAUGAAGAUGAGGCUUGGGGCGCUGAAUCGCGCCGCGCCGCAGCUCCCUGUUGCUCCGCUGCCUAGUGCCGGCGCCCUGAUCUCCUCCGGUAUCAGCCGGCGCGGCCUCACGCAGCAGGCUGCAGGUCAUGGUCGUCGCGAGCCUGUGCCUCGAGACUUCAUCACGGCUAGUGAUGACGGCGUGGGCUUUGAUGACGCCACCGGCGUCCAGACCAUGUUCGCCAAGGUCGGGGACAACAUUCCAAGAAGACCUAGCCCGCUGAGGAGGAUUGGCGCCGCACUCCCAGCUGCUAGCUCCAUGCCGGACAAGCUGGCUGAGGAGAGGGCAGUGGAGCGGGUUGUCGUGGACGGCGCUGUUCGCAGCAGCCACCAGGUGGCCAAGGCAGGAGUGGUGGAUUCCCAUGAUAAGGUUUUAAAGGCUGUCGCCGGCAAGAGGAAGCAGGAGCCAGCAGCGGCGACGUCUGCAUCUAAGUACAAGGUGAAACAACCUUUGAAGAAGAAGCCGAAGACUGCCGCGCCACAUUCUCUCGCUGCUGAUUCGCUGCCAGGCACCCUGAUUGAUGACGACAAGAGGGCAGCGGAGCAAGUCGCCAAAGACGUUCUCCGCUGCAACGAGGUCAGCCGGCGCAGCCACACGCAGCAGGCUGCUGGUCUUGGUCACGAGCCUGUGCCUCGAGACUUCAUCACAGCCAGUGAUGACGGCGUGGGCUUUGAUGACGCCACCGGCGUCCAGACCAUGUUCGCCAAGGUCAGGGACAACAUGCCAAGACCUAGCCCACUGAGGAGGAUUGGCGCCGCACUCCCAGCUGCUAGCUCGACGCCGGACGAGCUGGUUGAGAGGGCAGUGGAGCGGGUUGUCGUGGACGCUGCUGUUCGCAACAUCCACCAGGUGGCCAAGGCAGGAGUGGUGGAUUCCCAUGAUGAGGUUUUAAAGGCUGUCACUGGCAAGAGGAAGCAGGAGCCAGCAGCGGCGACAUCUGCAUCCAAGUACAAAGAGAAACAACCUUUGAAGAAGAAGCCGAAGACUGCCGCACCGCGCCUCGUUGCUGAUUCGCUGCCAGACAUGCUGAUUGAUGACGACGAGAGGGUAGCAGAGCAAGUCGCCACAGACGUUCUACGCUGCAAUGAGGUGGCACAGGGAGACCACGAGGUUUCAGAAGAUGUUUCCAGAGCAAGAGUCACAGUAGGCCGCCGCAAGGUUUCAGAAGAGGAGGCACAAGGGGAACAACAGGAUACAAGCUUAAGAGCCACCAAGAAGGCUCGCAGGCUCAAGGGGGCGUCUAUAUACAUUGAGGUUUACAAAGCCCUCAAGGAGAAAGAGGAGCUUCUCAAAAAAAGGGAGGAGGAGAGGCUUGCCAAGGAAGCUGCUGCCGCUGCAUCCAAGCAUUUGCACUGCAAGUGCUGGUGGUCAGAUGCACCAUAUAUGCCCUCCAAGUCUGAGGUUGUGGACGAGGAUUCUGGUGACGAUUCACAAAACUGAUUGAAUGCUAGCGCUCAGCUAGCGAGGAACUUGUUUGGAAAUUGGAUAUGAAUCAUCUGGACCAUUUUGAGGAGUAAUUAGCAACGACUUGGCAAACUUGAUGCCAUCAUCAGCUGUUGUCCACAAGAUGAAGGAAUAUUUUAAGAUAUCCCAUACUUCCCAGUCAAAUCUAAUUAGGCGUCGUCUGCAAUAUUGAUUAGUCUUGGUCCUCUUGGAACGAUGGGAUUUUGUUUUCAAUAAUAUUGGUGAAUUCUCUUUAGUUAUAAUCUAUGUAUUUGUAUUCGUUGCACUUUUUCAUCUUUUCCCGUUAAUGAUGACAGCGAUAAUGUUUCAUAUUA